GCUCGAUGGAGGGGAGAGAGAUGGCGACGAGCAGAGGCGGCACCGGCGGCGGCCGUGGCGGAGUGAGUCGGGAGGGAAGCGCGAAGGCGAUGGUGGCGGAUCAGAUCUGCCAGGCAGUGCAGUCCACCUCCAAUCUCCUCCAUCUCAUGCAAAACUCGUCUCCCGCUCAGGUGUACCUGAUGAAGCUCCCAAAAAAUAUUCUUGCUAAAUCUUCUACUGUGAAGAAUACUGGACAGGUUUUGGAUCAACUACCUAGAGUCAUUUCUUCAUUGGAUGCUUACAUGGAGAAUGGUUUACAGAGUGUUCUUCAUCUGAAGACUGUAACACAAUUGCUAUCAAACAUGGAAAGCUCUCAACUCAGGUCAUCUUCUCAAGUCAUUCAGUCUGAAGAAGAGAAGAAUGAUGCUGAUUCAGAAAAUGCUAGUGAAGCAUUUAAAAGUUAAAACAUGUGUGCAGGUUCUGUAGACUCCCUCUCAUUUAUUAUUUCUGUUAACCUUACAAAGCUAAAUUGGAUAAAAUUGGCGAAGGAAUUUCCUUAUAUAAUUUUCUUCCAUUUCUCCU